AUGACAGUCGGAGAUGAGGUUUGUGUUGUAUUAGCAACAAUCACUGUAUUAGUGCUCCCUGGAGCCGUCAACAGUGUAUUAGUGCUCCCUGGAGCCGUCUACGGUGUAUUAGUGCUCCCUGGAGCCGUCAACGGUGUAUUAGUGCUCCCUGGAGCCGUCAACGGUGUAUUAGUGCUCCCUGGAGCCGUCUACGGUGUAUUAGUGCUCCCUGGAGCCGUCAACGGUGUAUUAGUGCUCCCUGGAGCCGUCUACGGUGUAUUAGUGCUCCCUGGAGCCGUCUACGGUGUAUUAGUGCUCCCUGGAGCCGUCUACGGGGUAUUAGUGCUCCCUGGAGCCGUCAACGGUGUAUUAGUGCUCCCUGGAGCCGUCAACGGUGUAUUAGUGCUCCCUGGAGCCGUCAACGGGGUAUUAGUGCUCCCUGGAGCCGUCAACGGCGUAUUAGUGCUCCCUGGAGCCGUCAACGGUGUAUUAGUGCUCCCUGGAGCCGUCAACAGUGUAUUAGUGCUCCCUGGAGCCGUCAACGGUGUAUUAGUGCUCCCUGGAGCCGUCAACGGCGUAUUAGUGCUCCCUGGAGCCGUCUACGGUGUAUUAGUGCUCCCUGGAGCCGUCAACAGUGUAUUAGUGCUCCCUGGAGCCGUCUACGGUGUAUUAGUGCUCCCUGGAGCCGUCAACGGUGUAUUAGUGCUCCCUGGAGCCGUCAACGGGGUAUUAGUGCUCCCUGGAGCCGUCUACGGUGUAUUAGUGCUCCCUGGAGCCGUCAACAGUGUAUUAGUGCUCCCUGGAGCCGUCAACGGUGUAUUAGUGCUCCCUGGAGCCGUCAACGGGGUAUUAGUGCUCCCUGGAGCCGUCUACGGUGUAUUAGUGCUCCCUGGAGCCGUCAACAGUGUAUUAGUGCUCCCUGGAGCCGUCAACGGUGUAUUAGUGCUCCCUGGAGCCGUCUACGGGGUAUUAGUGCUCCCUGGAGCCGUCAACGGUGUAUUAGUGCUCCCUGGAGCCGUCAACGGGGUAUUAGUGCUCCCUGGAGCCGUCAACGGUGUAUUAGUGCUCCCUGGAGCCGUCAACGGGGUAUUAGUGCUCCCUGGAGCCGUCAACGGGGUAUUAGUGCUCCCUGGAGCCGUCAACGGUGUAUUAGUGCUCCCUGGAGCCGUCAACGGUGUAUUAGUGCUCCCUGGAGCCGUCAACGGUGUAUUAGUGCUCCCUGGAGCCGUCAACGGGGUAUUAGUGCUCCCUGGAGCCGUCAACGGUGUAUUAGUGCUCCCUGGAGCCGUCAACAGUGUAUUAGUGCUCCCUGGAGCCGUCAACAGUGUAUUAGUGCUCCCUGGAGCCGUCAACGGUGUAUUAGUGCUCCCUGGAGCCGUCAACGGUGUAUUAGUGCUCCCUGGAGCCGUCAACGGGGUAUUAGUGCUCCCUGGAGCCGUCAACGGGGUAUUAGUGCUCCCUAGAGCCGUCAACGGUGUAUUAGUGCUCCCUGGAGCCGUCAACGGCGUAUUAGUGCUCCCUGGAGCCGUCUACGGUGUAUUAGUGCUCCCUGGAGCCGUCAACGGCGUAUUAGUGCUCCCUGGAGCCGUCUACGGUGUAUUAGUGCUCCCUGGAGCCGUCAACAGUGUAUUAGUGCUCCCUGGAGCCGUCAACGGUGUAUUAGUGCUCCCUGGAGCCGUCAACAGUGUAUUAGUGCUCCCUGGAGCCGUCAACAGUGUAUUAGUGCUCCCUGGAGCCGACAACGGGGUAUUAGUGCUCCCUGGAGCCGUCAACGGGGUAUUAGUGCUCCCUGGAGCCGUCAACGGGACAGAGAAGCAGACAUUCCAGCAGACAGGGAAGCAGCCACUCAUGCAGACAGAUGAGCAGAGAAGAACGCAGACAGGCCUCUGUUCUCCAGGUUCUGUAGCACCGCCCACACCAACCAGUCAGCAAGUCACAAUAACGGGGCUGAUUAGACACUCAGCCCACACGUCUGAAAAUAAAGGAGGUGAAGAGGGUUCAGUUCCCACUGGACUUGAUAAUAGUCCAGGACUUGAAAAUAGUCCAGGACUUGAAAAUAGUCCAGGACUUAAAUAA